CGCCUCGCCAAGUAUGCAACAAUAUCUCGAGCAUGGCAGCGUGUGAUUGAAGACCGUACAUUCUCGCACUUGUCCUUGGUCAAUGACGAAUUACACUUUUUUGAGUCAGCUGUCCUCAAAUCGACAUACGAAUAUCGCCGCAUGGCUAUCGGGCGUGUGGACCUUAUUAUCAAUCUUCCAAGCUAUGACGAUCAUGCGUGUGGACGCUUUGAAAGGCAGGCAGACAGACACAUCAACGACCAGGCUUUCAGCAAAGCCAUUGCUCAUCUUUUUGGCGCACUGGCGACUAUUGACAUUGGCGGCCGUUUCGGUCUCAUUGAUCUGCACCUACAACGUGUUGAUUCUGCUAUGGAUCGUGGUCGCCGAGAUAGCGAGAAGUUGAGAGCAGACAAAUUGGCAAUGGGUAGAGGGCGUCGAAAAGAUCUCUUCGAGCUUCGCUACCGAGACUCUUACCUCCAACUGCUUGAUCCUGGGAGACUCCCUCUACUGUACAAUAUAGCUUCGUUGACCAUCAAUGGUGACAACGAGCGCAAGCUAGCCCCAUCAACGGUAGUCGGACUCAUGUCAAGACUACCCAAUCUUCCCAAUGUCAACUGCGUGUUCUCGGAUAACGAAAGGAGACGACCAGACCAGCGAAGGCACUUACGCUCACAACUGUCCGAGCAGUUGACAACGAUGGCUCCACCGAAAGGUCUCAAAAGAUUCAACGUGACCUUGACCAACAGGCAGCCGUUCAACAGUAAUUUUCUAGAUGCAGACAUUCGUGGUGGUGUUUACGCGACCCAUGCUGAUGAUCUGUCCACCGGGUUUCGACUAUUUUCGAAAGCAGCGCCCUGUUUGACCAACUUCAUCCUCAAUGGUCCGAUAUCCGUUGGACCAGACAUUUUCUGGCCAUCGAACACGACGGAUCCCGAUAUUGAGAAGUGUUGGGAACAUCUAACAUCGUUCACUGUCAAGCUCAGUGCAGUCAGGCCCGACGGCGGCUGGUACAUUGAGCUUGACUCUCAGCGUGAUACCGAGUCUUCCGAUGAAGGAGAAGAGGACGAUCAAGACGAAGAGGACGAGGAAGAAGAGGAGGACCAUCAUGGUACCUACAGCGAGGAUUCCUUGUCGAGCUAUGAUUCAAGCGAUUCAUUCUUCGCCACAGAUCAACAGCCACCAGAUUCUUACGGCUACGCAGAUCGAAGACGAGACGAGCGACUCAAAGGUAACAGGCCUUCCACGUCCAACUUUCGCACAAAGCCUACCCGAGAGCUCGAGACCUUGUUUCUCGCAGCCGCCGAUGCAGCAUCCCAAAUGCCCAUGUUGGAGUACAUGUGUGUCAGCCUCGAGAUUCGUCCCAGCGGACGGACAGGACGGCGGUUCCGGCGAUUGGGGUUUCAGUACCGGGCUGCGAAGCGUCAGAGCGAUUAUCCAGGCCCAAGUGACAGACGGUUGCAGUGGAACGUGCCACGCGACUGGCGUAUGAGCCAGGAGUUGGAACAGCAGUGGCUGUCCCUUCUAGGUGCUGAUGGCAUUGUGGUAUACGACGAGUGGUAG